AUGGAUGCGGCAAUGGAAUGGCUCAAGAAGAAGGGUAUGGCCAAGGCUGACAAGAAAGCCGGCAACGUUGCAGUUGAGGGCUGCGUGGCAUCCUAUGUGCACUUCAACAACAAGAUUGCGGUCUUGGUGGAGGUGAACAGUGAGACGGACUUUGUCGCCAACAACGAGAUCUUCAAGCAGUUUGCUUCCGACGUGGCCAUGCAGGUAGCCGCCAAUGAUGAAGUGGUAUGCCUUACUACAGAUGACGUGCCUGAGGAUGUCAAGCAAAAGGAGAAGGAGACAGAGAUGGCCAAGGACGAAGACUUGGCUGGGAAGCCGGACAAUAUCAAGGAGAAGAUCGUGGCUGGCCGCCUGAGUAAGAAGUUUGAGAGCAAGGCCUUGAUGAAUCAGACCUGGCUGAAGGAUGAGGACAUCUCAGUCCAGGAGGCGGUGAAGCAAAUCAUCGCGAAGCUCGGCGAGAACAUCGUGGUGAGGAGGUUCGAGCGAUUGACGCUGGGCGAGGGCCUGGAGAAGAAGGAGACGACGACUUUGCGGCGGGCGUCGAGAAGGAGUUGGCCAAGUACAAGACUGAAGGCGAGGCAAAGGCUGAGGAGCCCAAGAAGGAAGAGAAGAAGGAAGAGAAGAAAGAGGAGAAGAGAAGGCGGAGAAGAAGGAGGUGAAGGUGUCGGCGGGCGACGUCCGAGAUCUGCGCGCCCGUUCCGGCGCUGGCAUCUUGGAUGCCAAGAAGGCGCUCAUCGAGUGCGAGGGUGA